AUGCGCUGGAAAACAGCCUACACGGCUACCAUUGAAAGGGAAGUCACAAAUGAGACAGUUCCUCUUAUUAGAGAACGCCGACGAGACGAUAUCUUCAACUGGCUCACUCGCGAAAGCCCGAAGUCCAAGGCGUUCCAGCUAUUAGAUGCGCCUUUCGCAGAAAGCAUUGAGAGCCAAACAACAAUCGAUGCAGGGUUUGUCGAGGAGCCCGAUAUGAUCAGCCUGGCCCUUCGGGAGAUUGAAGGCAUAGCCUUCCAGCUAAAGAAGAAAAGCCCAAACGAAGCAGUACGCCUAAAGGCACUGACGGAUCAGCUUUUCGCGUGCCGUGAUUAUCAACUGGACAACGAGACAGACGUCGCCGGGGAGAUGGGCAGAGCGAUCAAAGCAUGCCACGAACCCAAAGUCGAUGCAGCCACGUUGACGCUCGAAAUGGCAAACGCCCAAGACCAAAAAGACCAGUGA